CAUACAGCGAGCACGUGGUACGUGGGUAGGCUCUAUAGCACGGUCACCUUCCCGAAGGACAACUUCUUCAUGUAUGUUGGCAGUCAAAACUUCUGGCAACUGUAAAAUAUAGGUGAGCCGACAAUGAAAAAGUAUCAAAUUUAUUAAAAAAACAAACGUUUAAAAUGUAAUUGGCUUCUCAUAAAAAUUACUAAACUCCCUGUGCAAUACUGCCUCAUUGGGCCCUGCCUCUGAUUAUAAUUACUAGUAUAGCAGUUAUGUCCUCAAUUUAAAUCAAAGGAAAUUAUGUCCAGGAUUAGGCAGCUGUCAGUGUCAUCCUCAACCUUUCAAAGAAAACAUAAUUUACACAUGACUAGGCAUGUGCCGGUAUGAGAUUUUGGUGGUACGAUAACCGUGAGCAAAAAUACCGCGGUUUCACGGUAUCAUGGUAUUGCAAUUAUAGCUCCAAAAUUUUGAGAUGUAUGGGUUUUUAAAAAGAGAAAAAACUUUUUUGCAUUGAACAGGAUUUUUUUUCAGAUCAUAUUUACAAAUUGGAACAUGAAUAUAAUGUGAAAAUAAAUAAAUUAACAAAAAAUAACAAAUAUUUUAUAUAAAAUUAAAAUAAAUAGAACCUAGACUAUACCCGCAGCCACAGCUCAAGUUGCUCAAUAUUAGAGCAAGAACAAAAUAAUUGCUAUAAAAAAGUAAAAACACUUCUAAAUAAAAUAAAAAAUAUAUACUGUAUGACUUUUUUUGAGGGGGGAAGCUCAAGUGAAGUUUCGCCAUUUUCAGCCACUGUGUCAACUUUAGUCUACAUGAUGUCAUGCCUUUGUGUUAAAAAGAACAAAGAAUUCAUAAGUUAGUUAAAAAUGUAUAAGUUAGUUCAAAUGUAAAUAUUGUUGAGGACAGGUUUCAUCAAAAAAAAAAAAAAAAAAAAGUGAGGAGUGAGACCUCCAUUCUUAAUUAGCGAUCUUUGACGCGAUACUCCCCCCCCCUUCAUUCAACCUUGUUUCUCACUCAGCGGCUGUGAGACAUAAAACCUCGACGAAGCUGCUCUCCCAGCUUAGCCUAGGCUAACAUUCGUCAUUGUAAGUUUUAGUUAGUUUUUAUAUUGAAUUUGAAAGGAAAAUGUAUGUUUUGUUUUUGGCGAACUUUCUCAUGGUGCUACUGCUAUCCUGUUGAACCUACUCACACGUGAAAAAAUACAAUUGUACAACGAUUAAUUUGUAUAUUUUACCACGAUUUAAGAGCUCAAUAAAUUGAAGAAAAGUACGCCUUGUGUUUGGAGGGUUUGUUUUUGGGUUUGCUGGCUGUUUAGCAGAAUAGCGUCACUGACACUCACGGCAACAAACGGGAAGGGUGAGCGCUGCCGCACCAAGCCACUUCGGCUGCAUUUUGGCACAUGAAAAAUAGCGAAUACCGUACAAAGGUAUGACGGAAAAUUUGAGUGGUUUUGAAACCGCGACGUUUUCACACCAUGGUAAACCGUGAAACCGGUAACCGGCACAUGUCUACACAUGACAUGCAGGUGAACGUUAUGACCAGGUAAGCAAUCAGUUGCAGUGAUGACCAUUGCCCUUAUCAACAUUGAUUGAUUAUCUUGUAGUUUUCUUUUACCUGUCUGAUUGAAGUUUAGUAAGAUAUAGAGGGGGGUUGCCUUUGGAACCCUGAAGACAGGCUGUAGAGUUCCCUGAAGGAGAGGGGACACUUUCUCUGUCCAGAAGGCAAAUCUAUGCCCAUGCCUUUAAAUAGAAAUGCAAAUGAAUCCAUGCCCAAUACCUCCCAAUGUUCUUUGACCUAAGUGUCACAAAAUGAAAAACAGACCACCAAAAAGGCUUUAAAAAUGUGACAAUGUUUGAUAAUUUCUCAGAAAUUAAAAAAACAAAUGUAUUUAAAAUAUUUCUACAAUUCUGAAAAGCAGGAUGGUCUAAUACUGUAAUGUCAGUUGAGAAGUGAAAACAAUCCAUUUGUGCUUAGUUGCUCAAUUAAUGCAUUUACCCAUUCAUUGAUGUCCUGAAUCAUUGUUGGCCAAUAGAAGCUAGGAAUGGCUCUGUUGCUGGUGCCCUCGACGCUGCUCGAGUUCCCAGUACCAGAGUUAUUGUGACACUCCAUGAGGAUAGUCUGCUUCUCCUUUGACUUGAUGACCAGGCACAUAUAUUUUAGGGGGGGGGGGCUUUUAUCUGUUGGACGAAAAUUAAAAAAGCAAAGAGAAUAUUAAAAUGCAGUAGAUUAUAAUGACCACCACCUGACAGAGAUUAAUAAUAAAAAAUAAAUAAAUAAAUAAAACUCAGCUCUGGACCUUCUCCCACCUGAGAUUCACAACAGUUUCUCUUAUUUUUAUUUUAACAUCUCAUAUCUUUCUCAUUUUCUACUUUAAAACAAAAUAGAACAAGUGCCUCUUUUUUCCAAUUAUUUAAAUAUCUUUAUAAAUAGCUUAUGGAGCUGCGUUUUUUAAAUGGCCAAAAAUAGUCACUUGGCCUAUAAAGGAUUUUAAAAAAAAACAUAGAGGCUCAUAUAUUCAUGACCCUCUUUUCAGACUUAUAACACAAAUUGCCAGUAUAACAUCAGUUUUACUUACCUUUAACAAUGAAAUAACGCACCAUUCGUCGAACCUUACGGCGCCCCACUUGAGUAGUUGGAAGCGUUCCGUCGACCAGGUACGUUAGAAGAUGCUAGGUAUCCACAUUCAUCUUCUCGGAUCACUCGAAGUAUCUAUGAAGACAAAUUCAAGCAUUUCAUGCCACUCUAAGACUUAAACUUACCACACAGGUUGGAUGCAUCGAGGACAAGGACAUCGAGUCAAAGUUCGCAGGAACCUUUCGAAGAUUGUGGCGUACACACACGCAUAAAAACCCCUCAAUGUCCGAGCCUAACGCAUAAAUCUAUAUCUCCCGUCAUCCCUCGGGAGAAAAUGGCGUUGAUCUACGCGUGCGCAGUAGCAAACCGUCACAAUCGAUGCACCCGUCACGAUCGGGUAAUGACAAUGACAACACCUCUACUUCAUUUGCUCGAAUCAGAUUCGAGCAGGAAGGCUCGAGCAUCCCAUCUCUAGUGUCAGAUAUUUUUGGGCAAGAAUCUGUUCAAUCUCGCUUCUGCUUCGAGUCGUUUGGGUGCACGUUCAAACUUCGAGGCCUGCUUUGUUAGCCUAGCCUAGUUUAGCCGCUAACAAAAAGAACAAACAACGCGCCUGGGAUCAAUACGUCAACGAGCAAGCAAACAUCAAGUCCCAAAAUGUCAGAUGUCAGUCACGCGCAUCGUCCUGAACGCCUGGAGUCUGCUUGCAUGGAGGUAGCUGAAGAGUCGCCAUACAUCAAAAAGCUGGAGGAAGAAUUUGUCCACAUUAAAGAGGAGCAGGAGGAGUAUUUCAUUAGAGUGGAGAACCCCCACAUUGAGGAGCAGCAGCAACCUCAUCCCCCCCUCGAAAAGGAUGAGGAUGACCCUACGUAUAUUAAAGUGGAGUUGGUGAACAUCCCCAAGUGGACUGGUGAGUCCUUAAAGGGUGAAGAUGGAGGUCCGAGUGAGGCCAGCAGAGGGGCGGAGCCUCCAAAUGCCAGCAGCAGCAGUUCAAAAGAAGGGUCCCAGGCAGACAACCUCAUCGCUCGACCAUCAGAGAGUGACGAUUUCACAUCACACUCCCUGUUCUGUUUCAGAAAAUAUCUUGGUGCUGAGCCAGAAUCUCCUGGAGUAAAAGCGGAUGUUGAGCUCCCCCAAAUCAAAGAGGAGCCAAAGCCCUGUCAACAAAAGCAACUUCCAAUCAAAAAGGAGGAGGAGGAGCUGCCAUAUGUUAAAAAGGAGGAAGAGGAGGAGCAUAUCACCAGGUCUACUGGUGAUCCCUUGAAGAGUGAAGAUGGUCUAAGUGAGGCCGGGAGAGGGGCGGAGCCUCCAAGCGGCAGCAGCUCAACAGAAGGAUUGCAAGCAGACAUUUUCAUCUCUCCAUCAGACAGAAAUGGCACCACAUCACACUCACCUUACAUUGAUGAUGGUCAUAAGACAUUUCACGGUGAUAACAAACUCUGCAAAUGCUCUCAGUGUGGAAAAACCUUUGCUAAAAAGUAUAAUUGUCAGAUGCAUAUGAGGAGCCACACUGGUGAAAAGCCUUUUUCAUGCUCUGUUUGUGGAAAAGAUUUUGUUUCAGUGGGACACCUAAAAACACACACAAGAAUCCACACCGGCGAAAAACCUUUUGCCUGCUCAAUUUGUGGUCAAGGAUUCAGUCGUAAGAGUGCCUUAAAAGUACACACAAGAACCCACACUGGCGAAAAACCUUUUUCCUGCUCAGUUUGUGGUCAAGGAUUCAGUCAUAAGAGUGCCUUAAAAGUACACACAAGAACCCACACUGGCAAAAAACCUUUUUCCUGCUCAGUUUGUGGUCAAGGUUUCGCUCGAAAGGAUCACUUAAACAAACACACGAGAACCCACACUGGCGAAAAACCUUUAUCCUGCUCAGUUUGUGGUCAAGGUUUCGCUCGAAAGGAAUGCUUAAGAAAACACACAAGAACCCACACUGGCGAAAAACCGUUUCCAUGCUCAGUGUGUGGUCAAAGAUUUGCUCAAAAGCGAUCCUUGAAAGAACACACAAGAACCCACACUGGCGAAAAACCUUUAUCCUGCUCAGUUUGUGGUCAAGGUUUCGCUCGAAAGGAACACUUAAACGAACACACAAGAACCCACACUGGCGAAAAAACAUUUUCCUGCCCAGUUUGUGAAAAAAGAUUCAGUUAUAAGACCACCUUAAAAAAACACACAAGAACCCACACUGGCGAAAAACCUUUAUCCUGCUCAGUUUGUGGUCAAGGUUUCGCUCGAAAGGAACACUUAAACGAACACACAAGAACCCACACUGGCGAAAAACCUUUUCCAUGCUCAGUUUGUGGUCAAAGAUUCGCUCAAAAGCGAUCCUUGAGAGAACACCGAAGAACCCACACUGGCGAAAAACCCUUUUUCUGCUCAGUUUGUGGUCAAAGAUUCAGUCAUAAGAGCAUCCUAAAACAACACAUAAGAACCCACACUGGCGAAAAACCUUUUUCCUGCUCAGUUUGUGGUCAAGGAUUCUCUAAAAAGUCUCACUUAAAAAGUCACGAAAGGACUCACACUGGCGAAAAACCUUUUUCCUGCUCAGUUUGUGGUCAAGGAUUUUCUCAAAAGCAACGCCUACAAAGUCAUGAAAGAACCCACACUGGCGAAAAACCUUUUUCCUGCUCAGUUUGUGGUCGAGGUUUCGCUCGAAAGGAUCAUUUAAACAAACACACGAGAACCCACACUGGCGAAAAACCUUUUUCCUGCUCAGUUUGUGGUCAAGGUUUCGCUCGAAAGGAAUACUUAAGAAAACACACAAGAACCCACACUGGCGAAAAACCUUUAGGUUAGGUUAGGGUUGGGGGGUUACGUUCGUAUUUGUGGUACACUUUAUUUUUGUGAUUGCAUUUCAGUUUGGGCUGUGCCAUUUUAUGUUUUACCUUUUCUUGCCAUCAACGUCUUUCCUUUGGUUCUCUCGCCGACUGGCAUCAUUUAUAUCAUAAUCUCCUUUUCAAACUACACUUUUCACAUUUAAUAUUUGAAACCGCAGACCCCAAAUUCCAAAAAUUCAAAAUCAUUAAUAGAUGUUGUCAUUAAAUAAAUAUGGACAUUUAGAAUACAUUGUUCAAUAUUGCAAAAAUAAUUUAAAAAAAAAAAAACUGGCUCACAAAUGAGUUUUUUGUGUGGGGGUUAAUGUAAAUAUAUGUAUUUAUAUAUAUAUAUAUAUAUAUAUUUUUUUUCAAUUACUAUUACUACUCGUGAUUGUCAGUGUGCGCGUCAAAUAAACAAAAAUAAAGAAGAAAAAAGGACUGACAGUAAAGUCGUGUUCUUACUACAAGAAUUUUUUUUUCCCGUGUAGCAAGUCAAGUUUUGGGAUCUUAUUUUUUUAUUUAUUUAUUUAUUUUUUUAAUAUCUAAAUAAACGCACAGAAUCAUUUUUGUCUUUGACUUUGCAGAUUAUUUAUGUUUUGUGUUGAACAUUUUGUUUUCUGUUAAUUACAUGGUCGCCACCUGACACCUAGAGGGGUUGCAUUGAGUAAGGCGCUAUUGGAAUGCAAAAGUUCAUUGUUGCCAUGGAUUUUUUCCUACACAAACUUCCUCGUCUGUAUUGGAUCCAUAUUAUUCGGCUCGCCGUUUCAUUACAAAGUUAAGUGGCAUUAUUUAUAUCAUACUCUCCCUUUCAAACUACAGUUUUCUCAUUUAAUAUUUGAAACGGCAGACCCCAAAUUCCAAAAAUUCCAAAUCAUUCAAAACACUAUCAUGAAAUUGAUAUGGGAAAUUUGAAUAUUGUUCAAUGUUGCAAAAAUACUGAUUAUUAAAAAAAAUCAAUUCUUGCUCACAAAUUAUUUUUUGUGAGGGGGUCAACGUGACCAUGGCGCAAAAAUGAAUUUUCACUAUAGACCCUACCCACCAACGUCAUAAAACCACGUGCUCGCUGUAUGGUUCCGCCCACUUGUCCGUCAUUUUGACUCUGUAUUAGCAUUGUUUUCAAUUGAUGGCGGAAUUUAAAAUGCAUUUCAUGGAAGACCCGGUGCUUUCUGAUGCCGCAAACUCACUGGAUCUGUUGCAUAAAAGGCGUUAUGAGGAAAAGCUUCGUUCUAUACAGUCGCCAGAUCCAUAUUUGAUGCCCAAAUCGAUGUUUUUCGACCCACUGUCUUCGCCCUGUCUGCCUGACAUCUGCUACGCAGAUAUUUACAAUUAUCUUGUCCACACUAAAUCAGCCUAUUCCCAUGAAAAUUUGAAAAAACUUCAAGAGCUUGGAGGCUUAUAAAUACUUCGUUGCUGGUUGGGUGAAACAGGUCCUCGUUCGGCAGGAAUCUAUCUUGUGCUUGGAAAGGUGAGUUACGAAAUUUUCAAUUCAAAAUCUUUUGUUAUUGCUAACAUCCACUGUCAAGUCUAAUGUAUUUCAUGUCGUUUGUCAAUGGAGUUAAGGCUUUUAAUGUUUAUAUGGUUUAGCGAUAGCACUCUCACUACAUACAUACGUGUAUGUUGUCGGCGAUUAGCCUAGCAAUGAUCUUAAUUGUGGUUAUUUGUCAGCCCCGUAGACGAGGCCAGUUUCUUUCACUUGGUACCAGCUAAAUAUUAUUCAAAAAAUAACGAUGGUGGAAGAAAGGGAAGUCACAAACAUCUUGAAUUUGAAACUAUGUCGUACUACGUCGUAUGUUGUCGGCGAUUAGCCUCGCAAUGAUCUUAAUUGUGGUUAUUUGUCAGCUCCGUAGACGAGGCCAGUUUCUUUCACUUGGUACCAGCUAAAUAUUAUUCAAAAAAUAACGAUGGUGGAAGAAAGGGAAGUCACAAACAUCUUGAAUUUGAAACUAUGUCGCACUACGUCGUAUGUUGUCGGCGAUUAGCCUAGCAAUGAUCUUAAUUGUGGUUAUUUGUCAGCCCAAAACCCUCUAAGUAUAUCUUAAAUGCAUCUUACCGGAUAUAAAAUGACUACUACAUAGUCUGUGGUGACUUUUUGGUGCCCAGUUUUCACGUCGAAUUGCAGCCGUCCAUUUCGCUCUCCUCUUUGGAUCCCUCGGAAUACGGUAAAACUUCAAGUCUCUCCUUCCAUCUUCUCUGUUAGUGCAACCAACAGCCACACACGCCUUCACCAUUUUGAUUAUUAAUGUUAAGGAGCAGAAAAACACGCCGUAAAUAGGAGAAAUGUACGUAGCCGUAACAGGUUAACACUAUGUUUUGACGGACAAGUGGGCGGUACCAUUCAGGAGAGCGGAGCUGUGACGUCACGUGGGUAGGGUCUAUACAAAAACUGUGACAUUUUGUAAAAUUCAAUUGGAGGUCGAAAAUGAACAUGAUUAUGAUGAUAGUUCUGUAAUAGUGCCCAGUGGGGAAAAGUUAUUUGAAGAUCUAGACUGUGGAGUCCAGAAAGGAAAUCUCUCAUUGGUGUCUUCAAAUAGGUAGAACAUGUUUUGUAGCCAUAAUAUUCGUUGUUGUUUAUUCGUGUGCAAUUUAUUUUAGCGUUGUGAAAAGGGGGUGUGGAACCGAGGCUUAUUGGACCUUUUAGUUUUCCAAUGUGUUCGUGUGUCAUUGCGCCGUCUAGCUGCAGGGAUUUGCAUUAUACACGGGCACUUUUAUUUCCAAUACCAGAACACUAAGUUAAUUAGAACACUGUCUUUAUAGUAGCCUAGUAGUAUCACGUAAACUAUCCGGCAUGCAUACUGCCAUGUAUGGAGAAAAUGCGCGAGCAUGACAAAUUUUGACCGAAACAGCUGUUUUUGGAUGGGAAAAACUAAAACAGAUCCUCAGCACUCCCUGCUGUGAGUGACUUCCAGCGCCCCUGUACCAGCCUCUGCCAAUGAAAAUCUCUUGACUCUGCUUCAAAGUGCUUGCACCUCAGCACUUGUUUUUUUUUUUUAUUGAUGAUUAAUAACUAGUUUUUAUUCCGUCCACUACAUUUAAAUGUACUUUUCAAAUUUUAUACUAAUAUUCAGAGGUGGGUAGAGUAGCCAAAAAUUUUAAUCAAGUAAAACGAGCGCUUCUUCUAAAUGAUAUUACUUUAAGUGAAAGUAGUUAUCCAAAAAUGUACUCAAGUAUACGUAAAAAAAGUAUUUGUUGAAAAUACUCAAGUAAUAAGAAACAUUGUUAGUAACUGUUUACAAUGUCAGAUUUUAAAAAAUGUUAUAUAUAGAUUUAUUUAUGGUAUAUAGUAAACUGUUUUUUGUUUCAGCACAACUUCAUCUACAUGAACUGUUAUUAUUGUAAGUAUAGUACAGCAAUUUACAACUGAGUAUGAAUGAGUAUGAAGGCCUUAUAAAGAAAAAUGUUGUUGGGGACAAAAUAAAAUGUUUUGGUAUAUCAUUUUUGUUAAAAAACCAAUAUCUACUGUAAUACAUAAAACACAAAAAUGUGUGUAUUUAACUUGAGAGACUAAAUUUAUGUUGAAAAUGUUUUUGUUUGUUAAUAACAUGGUCACCAUCUGACCCGCUGCUUGCAACAAGGGUCACUUUGAAUAGGGCGCUAGUUAAACGGAAAAGUUCACUGUUGACAGAGGAGGCGUUACCAUGGCGCAAAAACCAUUUUAUACUAUACAAACACAGUGAAUUUCUCUAAAAUUCAACUGAAGGUUUAUGAUAGUUCACCCGUUCAGCUCCCUGGUUCACAGAGGAGCAGAGAUCACUAAAAAGGACUGGCCGAGUCCUGGAGUGGGCCUUUGUUACAUCAGGGCUGUUGAUGCAUAAGUUGGCCUACCGGAAACAUCAACGGAAAUAUGUCAAAGAACUCUCCAAGGCCAGGUUAGCACACUACUCCAACAUUAUUAACAAUAACUCUGGUAACUCCAAACAACUCUUCACCACCGUCCAGGGGCCGCGUUAACCGAAUAUUUUCCGUCGUUGACAGGUUUUUUAAAACGGUGACGGAAAAAACUGAAGUCCAUCUGUCAUUUUGACAGGUUGCAAUUCACACCCCAGACCACAGGGUGGCGAGUGAGCAUAUUAAUGAGCUAUUGUCUCUCUUGAUGCAUGACGUCGUUGGCCUUACUCGGAAAAUGUCAAGGAAACUGAGUGUCCGACGUUUCUUCAAAAAACCCCAAAACAACGAUGGUGUUGAUAAAAGAGGUGAAAAAGAGGGACUGAUUCAAUGGAGGAUGAAGGAUGACAACGAAUCAAGUGAAUCGCCGGUUCACUCCUCACUGCGGCGCGCAGUUGAAAACACCGCCAAUUACCAAGAAGGGCAGAAUUGGUAACACGGUGAAAGCGGCAUAGAGCCAAAAAAGCGGACCAGACUAGCCAGAGCCUGAAAUUAUUUAAAGGAAAAUAUGGAGGGUGCCGCCACUGUGUGUACUCUUUUUGCUAAGCUGAGCUCGCAUACCACGGAAGCACGUCGGCUAUGAACGAACUCUUGGCGCGCCAUUACCCAAGUGUAUUUCGGAAGAGAACAGGAAACAACAAGCUAGCGGAUUGUAAAUCCAUACAACUUUCCAACUAUUUUUU